ACAGGUUCUUUCCCGGCACGAUUGUUUCCCGGCCUCUGUCACUGCCCACGGAAAUGCUAGGCCCUGGCAACCUAGUUCAAGCACCCCUGCGCAAUUGGGCAGUCCACGACACCCCUCACUGUCGACUGCUGCUUCGCCGGCAGCGUCCCAGACGGCGAGACAAGAUGGCCGCCACAGGGGUCCGCAGGUCGAGCCAGGCCUCAGGAAUGUGUGGCGCUGGGAGAUUGGCCGUGGACGACACGAAACGGGCGUUCUCUGACGAGGAGGCCUGCGGUGUCUCCGCCCUGAACCUGCGCGCCGUCUCUACUUCGGUUUCCCAGGAUGCCGUUCGCCGCGAGGGUCGCUAAGGACGGGGACAGCAUGGCCGCCGAGCUACCGAAGCCGUGGUUCUCUGAACCGGUGAUCUUUGAAGAUAUAACACUGGCUUUUACUCCGGAGGAGUGGGGACUGCUGGACCUCAAACAGAAGUCCUUGUACAGGGAAGUGAUGCUGGAGAACUACAAGAACCUGGUCUCAGUGGAACAUCAGCUUUCCAAGCCAGAUGUGGUAUCUCAGUUAGAGGAGGCAGAAGAGUUCUGGCCGGUGGAGAAAGAGAUUCUUCAACACACAAUUCCAGGAUAUUGUGUCUUUCUCUGCUUUUCACUUACAGAAUGUCUUGGUGCUGAGCCUCCACUGGACUCUCAUUUGAGUCCUGUUCCUACCGAGAAUUGCCUAACAAAUAUCAAGGUUGUUGAAAUCCUCACCCUGAACCAGCAGGUGGCUGGUCCCCGGAAUGCCCAAAUUCAGGCCCUUUACGCUGAAGACAGCGGCCUAAGCACUGACACCCGUGGGAAGCCGGCCCAGCAGCUGGGAGCACAUCCAUCAGACCCUGAGGUUGCUCGCAAGAGGUUCCGGCAGUUCCAGUAUGAGGAGGCCACAAGUGCCUGGGAGGCUGUGGCCCGGCUCCGUGAGUUGUGCUACCAGUGGUUGCAGCCUGAGGUGCACUCCAAGGAACAGAUCCUGGAGUUGCUGGUGCUGGAGCAGUUCCUGGGUGCACUGCCCGGGGAGUUCCAGGCAUGUGUAGAGUCGCAGCACCCUGAAGACUGCCAGGCAGCCAUAGCCCUGGUAGAGGAUGUAAUCUCAAUGUCCAAGGAAGGCGUGCUGCCUGCCUGUUUUCCCAAGGCCGCCAUUGAGCAGCAGAGGAAGGAGAAGGAUACAGCCAUCCUGCCAGUGGCGGUGCUGCCUGAGGAGCCGGUGACCUUCCAGGACGUGUCUGUGGACUUCAGCCAGGAGGAGUGGGGCCUGCUGGGCCCAGUGCAGAGGACUGAGUACCAUGAUGUGAUGCUGGAGACCUUGGGGAACCUGGUGUCUGUGGGGUGGGAGACUGCAGUGGAAAACAAAGAGUUGAUUCCUGAUUCUGAUGUUCCUGCUGAAGAACCCAUUUAUGACCCAAAAGUGAAUGAAUUAUGUAGGGAAGACACCCAACCUCUCUUACAAGGUGGCAUCGCAGAAGUCCUACAUGCAGCAUUUCAAGAAGAGGAGCUUGCUCAGGAUAAGGCCAUCCCCCAGGAGCACCUUACUGAGUACCUUGGGUCCCAACAAGACCCUGGUCUUAACACGAGCCCAACUUCACCCCAGAAAAUUCCUCUCAAAAAAUGUUUGCGCAAAUCAGUCUCACCUUGUGAGAGUGUGACCCAGAGUUCACAUAUGAAAGAUCACCAAAAGGGCUGUGAGCCAGGCAAAGCCAGGGACAGCAAUGGUUGCUUGACUCAGAGUUCCCAUGUAAAGGUUCAGCAGAUGGACUGUGAGCAGGGCAAAGCUGGGGAGAACAGUGGUCAUGUGACCCACCAUUCACAAGUGAAAUUGAACCAGAAGGGCUGUGAGCCCGGCAGAACCAGGGAGAGCAGUGAUCAUGUGAUUCUGCAUUCACAUAUGAAAGCUACCCAGAAAACCCGUAAGAUCAAAGCUAGAGAGAGCAAGGGUAGUAAGAAAAUGGUUGACCAACGAAUUCAGCAGGUCAUGUUUAUAAAAAUCCAUAGUGGAAGCCAAAUUUGCCGAUGCAGUGCAUGUGGGAAGUUGUUCCGAAAUCCACGGUACUUUUCUGUACAUAAAAAAAUCCACACAGGAGAAAAGCCGUAUGUUUGUCAGGACUGUGGAAAAGCCUUCGUGCAGAGUUCCUCCCUCACACAGCACCAAAGGGUGCACAGUGGUGAGAGGCCCUUCAAGUGCCAGGAGUGUGGCAGGACCUUCAAUGACCGCUCAGCUGUCACCCAGCACCUGCGCACCCACACAGGAGCCAAGCCCUAUGCCUGUCAAGACUGUGGCAAGGCCUUCCGGCAGAGCUCCCACCUCACACGGCACCAGAGGACACACACUGGAGAGCGGCCCUAUGUGUGCCGCAAGUGUGGCAAAGCCUUCACCCAGAGCUCCCACCUCAUUGGCCACCAGAACACACAUGGCAAGAAGAAGCACAAGAGGAAGCACAAGAAGCAGCUACCUCCUGCCUCCUAGCCCCUGUACCCAUGGGAGCAUCUGUCCUACCACCCUCUGCAGUGCCCCAGCUGGGGAUGAUGUGUGACAGGGAAGGGGAGGAGGACAUCCUAUGAUCAGGGGACGCCAGCACAACAUGCAUAGCACAUGAUGAAUAAAUAGAUAAACUUGGGGGUACUUGCUAAUGAGAACUCACUGGAAAGAAAAGAUUCAUUUAUAUUAAGAUUAGUGAUGAAAUCUAAAAAUGCUUAAAAUUUUUUAAAAAUCUGCAAUAAUAUCUGUAAUACAAUAUUUAAUGUGUCAGCAAAGUCUAAGAGAAUGUGGAUAAAUAAACUAUAUAUUUUUGUUAUA